GUUGUCUGACCCAAAUGACAAUCCGUAGACGUGAGUGAGGCGUGCUUAGUAACGUUCACGUAGCGUGGUGAUGCGGUAAGGGUGAAUGUACUCAUUAAUGUGAGGUCAAAAUAACGAAUACAGGUAAAGAAGAAAAUAAAACAAAAAAAGAACGCAAUACAAUUUUGGUUUGAACAAACGUGUUUUGACUAGUUUAUUACUAAUGCUGUAUAUGUAUACAAAUUAUUUUGAACAAAGAAAGUUACAUCACCAUACAUCAACUGGAUAGAGCAUUGGACGAGUAGUCAGAUUACAAACAAGGUGGAGGAUACAAAAGAAAAGCCCCUCAGGAUGGCCAGUGUGCUCUGUAAUAGAGCCAGGCUGGUGACCUACCUUCCAGGGCUUCAUGUACUGGUCGGGAGGAUAGCAGGAACCAGAACCUUUUCUGCUGCAGGAUCUUCUGGUUCUGAUGAACCUUAUAUUGCUGUUUCACCAUUUGACAUGGGUCAAAGAACAGUGUGGCCUGAUGAGAAAAUGGGCCCAUUUGGACCUCAGGACCAGCGUUUUCAGCUGCCUGGAAACGUAGGGUUUGACUGUCACCUGGAGGGUACUGCUGAUCCGAAGACAAGAGUGCACAAGACUGUACCGGAUGUUCCAACUGAGCCCUUAAACAGCGAGAGACACGAGUUUAUAAUGGCACAGUUUGUGAAUAGGUUUCAGGGAAAUGAUGCUGCUCCCAGACCCCAGCAGGUCAACAAGGCAGAACAAUAUUUUGAAAAUGCACAUGUGGAAUGCGCAAUACAAACCUGCCCAGCGCUGCUAAAAAAAGACUUUGCAUCAAUGUUUCCAGAGGCCCCUGCCAACAAUAUGACUGUUUUAACAGUAACUCAGAAAACCAAAGCAGACAUGACCUCCUGGUGUGAAGAAGUGGAUGACGAGCGAGAACAGCUACUAGAAAAAUUUGUCAAUGGUGCCAAGGAGAUUUGUUACGCCCUUCGGACGGAGGGAUACUGGGCUGAUUUCAUAGACCCUUCAUCAGGCAUAGCGUUCUUUGGAUCAUACACAAACAACACACUCUUUGAAACAGAUGAACGUUACCGUCAUUUGGGCUUCCGCAUUGAGGACCUGGGCUGUUGCAAAGUCAUUCGGCACUCACUUUGGGGAGCACAUGUGUUUGUGGGGAGUCUGUUCACAAACGCACCUACAGAUAGCCUUGUCAUGAAGAAACUACAAGGAUAACUGCUUUGUGAUGGAUACGGGGCAUAUCCCUAUGUGUAUCCUCAGUAAUUGAUAUUCUUGAUAAGCAAGCGAUAAGCACUUUUUUUUCUCUUCUUUUUUAGAUUUUCAAACACCUAUUCAACCCAUAUGCAGGAGAAUGUUUCUUUCCUUAGGAUUUAAGUCUUGAGUUUAAAAAAACCUCAAGUAAUAUUUAUUUUAGCUUACGGAAAUAUGGACAAAAGGUAAUUAUAUGUAUGUUUGAAAUGAAUACGUUCAUUAUUGUAUUAAAGAGUAUAGGUAUCCCAAGAGUCUCAUACACGCCAAUCACAUACUGUUCUUGCCAAGUUUAAAUAUGUUUGAGGUUUUAAAUAGUCUAACCAUUUGUAAACUGUGUACAUAAAGAAACCCACUACUAAUCGGGGGAGGAUUUAAUACUUUAUACAAAUCAACCAUAUUGAUACAAAGGAGCAACUGACUGGAGUCUUGCUUUCAAUGUAAAAAAAAAAAAAAAAAAAAGAGACAUGCACUGAACACUCAUGGAAGCUUUAACUGGCUGACAAAAAUACAUUUCUCAGUCUAGUAAAAUGGGAACAAUUUGGGUUUUUUUUUUUAUUAUUAUUAUUAUUAUUAUUUAUUUCUUAGCAGACGCCCUUAUCCAGGGCGACUUACAAUUGUUACAAGAUAUCACAUUAUACAUUAUUUCACAUUAUACAGAUAUCACUUUUUUUUUUUUUUUUUUUUUUUACAUACAAUUACCCAUUUAUACAGUUGGGUUUUUACUGGAGCAAUCUAGGUAAAGUACCUUGCUCAGGGGUACAACAGCAGUGUCCCCCCACUAGGGAUUGAACCCACAACCCUCCGGUCAAGAGUCCAGAGCCCUAACCACUACUCCACACUGCUGCCCCGCAAAGUAGCAUAUUUAUUUAUUUUGUGAAAUUGCUGUAGAUUCAAUUGUCAAAGCAAUGUACCACUUGUAAACUUCAACUUCUAAAGCCAAUAUUCAGUGUUCCCUUAUUUUACAAUCAGGGUAAGACCAUAUUCUUUCUUUAAUUAAAAUGUGAUAUAUGAGAUUCACCUUAAAUGAUAAAAAAAAAAAACAUUUUCACUGGGGGUUUUAUACAUGUGAGAUAGAAACAGCUUUAGAUUAGGGUCAUAAGCUGUUUUACAUUAAUAUACAAUAUGGUUGAAUGAGAAUGGAUUAACUUGAAACUGUACCUUAGUGCAAUUUUUAAGACAGCUUUUUAUCUGGAGAGCUUUGAAAAACAAACAAUAAACCUCUUGUCCCAAA